UAUGGGUCUCAGCGGGGAGCGACUGUAAGGAUGAAGCUGUCAGUGUUGUUGCUGCCGGCCCUGCUGGCUCUGUGCUCAGCCAGUUUGCAGGACAUCGUGAAGAAGAGCGCACUGCACAGAAAAGCUUCCCUGCUGAACCCAGAGCUGGAGGGUCUGGUGCCUGAACCAACUGGUAACAAUGCGGUGUCAGGUCCUCUGACUCCUGCCGACCUGGAGCAGCAGCAGGAUCUACCCUCCUCCUACAUGUUCGCUGCUAACGUUAACCUGGAGUGGCUGACCUGGGAUGGCGCUUUGCCCAAUGGCGCUGUUGCAAUCUACAAUGGCUACACAGAGCGCACUGACUAUGUCUGCAAGUACAAGUGUGAGGCCGGUUUCUACAACCCCAGCCUGGGCCCUUACUGCCGCUACCCUUACGGAGACAGAGAGUACUACGCCCCUGAGUUUGAGAUCCUCUCCAACAAAGAUAACUUUGAGUUCUUGGAGUGGAAGGAAGGUUCCUACGGCUCAGUGCCCCAGCAUUCAGUCAGAACCUGCCCAGGUGUUGGCAUCUAUGUUGGAAAGAACAAGUACGGUCUUGGGAAGGUUGUUCCUCAGUUUGAAGCCUUCUUCCUGCCGUGGGAGGGCGAUGAGUACUGGUACAAGAGUUACCAGGUUCUGACCAUCAACAGGGAUGCCUACACCCAGCACAUCACCGAUGUCAAGUACGCCAUCGAUGAUGUCGCCAUCUUCCAGUAUCCUCCAGAGACCAUGCGCAUCUCUGGGGUCACCAACAACGAGUGCCAGACAGUGGUGAAGACAGUCACCAUCUCAAAGACCUCAGAGGUGGAGACCACCUGGAACAUCGGCCGGGCCACCAUGCUGGGCAUCACUGGCAGCAUCACAGCUAAAAUCCCCCUCAUCGGCUCCGGGGGCAUUGAGCUGAGUGGCGAGAAGACGCUGCAGUUCUCCAGAGGAACCACUGUGGUGGAGGCGCUCAGCCACUCGGUGUCCGUGGAGCUCACCGUCCCCCCGAACCACACCUGCAGAGUCCGUAUGGAGGGAUGCAAGAUCAAAGCUGACAUCCCCUACACAGCUCGCCUCAGCCGCACCUACCACAACGGAGAGACCCAGUGGACGUCCAUCGCUGGGACAUACGACGGAGUCCAGAUCGGAGAAGUCCGGGCCGUGGUGGACCGCUGUGAACCUGUACCUGACGCCCAGCCCUGCCCUUGAAAGACUCAUGAGAACACACCACAAUAUAUUUUUUACACAACAUCUGAUGUUUGUGAUUUUGAAAGCAAAUGAUGUGUCACAAUAAAGAUAACGCCAUGCGCACACUGUGCGGUAAAUAGAAAUGAUUGUU